AUGACACAACAAUUAGGAAAUGACGGAAACACUCAUUCACCAUCUGUCAUUCCGAAAACACAAAAGAUCGCUGACGUACAAAAUAUUGAUACACCUGUUAAUGAUGGAAAACAAAGUGAUGAUGAACAAGAUAAUGGAGAUCAUGGUAUCAGUAAUAAUACCAGGAAAGAAAAUAAUGUGGAAAUGAAGGAGACAGAUAAGAAAUACUACUGUGAAUUCUGUGCGUCUGGCGGAUUUAAUAAAAAGGUGGGCCUUUCACAGCAUAUGACACAUAGGCAACUUAACGAGUAUAAUGCCACUAUUGAAGUUCCGAUGAAAACGCGAUUGUGGACUCGCGAUGAUAUGUUGAUAUUAGCAGGGCUUGAAGCUAAUCCCACCUUCAUAGAGACGAUAAAUUCGAAUUCAGCUCUUGCGUUGAAAUUGCCAUCAAGAUCACGAGAAGCCACAAAGAAACGUCGACAAAACGACAGAAUACAAGACGCUGCUACAACAGAAUCAACAAUUGUAAAUUCACUUACUAUCGCGAAUGAUAGUAUAAAUGUAAAUAAUGAUUCCGGUAAUCACAGCUCUAAUGACAGAUCUCAAGGUACUCAAAUAGGAACUAGUAAUGAAUCUUAUCCCGAUAUUCGUCAGUAUAUAAAAACCAAUAUCGUGAAGGGAAGAAUUCGAUUAUGUCAAACAAUGUGGGACGCUAUGACGCAUUAUGUCAAUGACGUGCCAAAUUCUGAUCCAGUCAAUGAGUCACUGAUUGGAAUACAUCAAGCGACGAAUAGUGUUCAAUCGUCUCAAUCACACAAGGACGAUAGACAAACAAUUGAGAGCAAACUACGCAGCGCAACAUCAAUUCCAAAAGCUCAGAUAUAUGCGCAUCAUCAACGUUUAUUUAAAAAGAACAAAUCGAAGUUAGCGUCAGAAAUCUUCGGCGGUGUUGAUAAUUCUGCACUCAAACCACGUAUGUCCGUAGCUUACGAACAUUAUCGAAACAUCUGGACAAUUGAUACUAAGGAUGCUGUUUUAUUUAAACCACAAGCCUCGGUAGGAUUCGACGUUCUUCUUGCACCAACAACCCGCGAGGAGAUUGCCUUGGCAAUAGAACACACAAAGAAUGAUACAGCCCUAGGUCCAGAUCGACUGUCACUAACAGAUAUUAAACGAGAUCGCUUUGGAUAUGAACUCGAAGGUGUGGGCAAAGUCAAUGCUCGCGCUUUCGCUGACGACAUUGCACUAGUGUCCGGGACUGAACUAGGCAUGCAGCAACUUCUUUCGGAAACGGAAAAGUUUCUAACUGCUCGGGGUCUUGAGCUUAACACAGGCAAGUGUAUAUCGAUAUGUCUUUGGAAAGCGGGUAAGGUCAAAAAGUCUCAAAUCGUGGACUCAUCCGUAACAAAUCCACCAAAGUUCACGGUUAAAAAUAAACCUAUCCAAUUGCUUGGAGUCGAUAAGUUUUGUCGUUACCUAGGAGUUCAAUUUACACCACUCGGAGCAGUCGAUCCAAGAGUAUCAGUGUCUGAACUAAAAUCACCAUUGACGUCUCUUGCCAAAGCCCCGUUGAAACCACAACAAAAAGUAGUUAUACUUCGUACAUAUCUCAUUUCUCGAUUCAUCUUUGCAUUUACGCAUACGGAAUGUUAUCCGAAGCUAAUGAGGCAACAAGAUCGGCUCAUUAGACGUUGGCUGAAAGAGACACUUAAACUGCCUCCAUCAGUAUGUAGUGACUUCUUUUAUCUUCCAGUUAAAGAAGGAGGCUUGGGUAUUAGGAAACUAUAUGACAUAAUAGGAAUUGCUAAGAUACGUCUUUAUAGUUCGUUUUUUCGAGCCGGUGACGAAUGUCUACGCUUUCUUGUUGAAACUCAGGGUUCCACUAUGCAUUCUCGUUGGUGCAAUGCUAUGAAGCUUAGCGACCGCCCAUCAGCCGCUGACAUCAAUCAAAGCAAUGUUCUCUUGAUCAAUGAAAGUCGAAUACGACUAGCGGAAACAGUGCACGGCAGUGUUAGUACAGUGUUUCGUGAAAGUCCAAUAACCAAUCAAUGGUUAUCUGGGUGCACACGUAUAAUAAAAGGUCGUACGUACAUCAAAGCAAUACAAAUGCGUACAAAUACAAUACCUACUAGAGUAUCUACUACUCGAGGUCAAAACACUAAUAAAGCUUGUCGCCGCUGUGGUCUUGCAGAUGAAACCUUAAUUCAUAUUCUACAGUCAUGUCCCCUCACACAGGGUACGAGAUGUCGAAGACAUAAUGAUGAUUGUCGAAAGGUAUCAGAUAAAUAUUCAAAGCAGAAAGGUUUUAAACCACUGAAUGGUGUUGGUCAGAAUGUAGCUCUCCUUCACAAUCUAUUAAGA